AUGGUGGGCAACGUUGCGUUCGCGACGUUCGUCACCGCCCAAGCAGGUGGCAAUUUCCGCGUCACACAUGCCAAUGACCUUGUCCCCAAACUCCCAGGGUAUCUCUUGGGUUAUGGGCAUGUUUCGCCCGAAUAUUGGAUCACAUCGCCCACAGGUGCCACAGUGACGGCGAAUGACAUCCAAGUCAGUAGCGGAGUGGUCGAUCUGCAGGGAAACCAGGGCCAAUUGGGUGGCACUAUCGACGACCAUUUGUUUUAUUUUAAUCAGGUUGCUGCGUGUUUGCUUUAG